AUGGUCACAGGCGUGCGCAGGUGGGGAGGAGGCAGGGAGGGAGAGCUGCCUCCCCAGACACCUAAGAAAGGGAGGGCACUGUCUGCCCUAUACACUUACUUCCUAAAGAGGGAAGGUACUGGUCAUGGAAUAAUCAUCAACAGCUGCCUAGUAUGUAUAUGCCGAUACUUCGACAGGCGACGAGGAGCGGCGUUGGGCCUACUCGCGACUGGAGGAACCGUUGCUGCUCUGGUCUUUACCAAGGUCUACGAGUACUUGCUCGCCGAGUAUGGAGUUCAGGAUGCGUUCCUCAUCAUUGCGAUCCUAACAAGCCACGAACCUUCAAUUAUGAAAGACGAGGCACCUACCACCACAACGUUGCUGCUUCAGAAUGUCCUGCAAGUGCUCAAGAAUCCACGAUUUUACUUCCACGUGUUGAGCUACGUUUCGAGGGGAUUCUUUUUUGAGUGCUUCAUGACGGUGGCGUUAGACUUUGCGCAAGACGCAGGCGUAGCACGUGCAGACUCUGUGUACGUGCUCACAUUCUAUGCGGUUGCUGACGCCAUAGGUCGGUUGUUUGUGCCUUAUCUGAGUGACUAUGGCCUGAUAUCGAACUGCGGCCUGCUCACCAUCAGCUACUUGACACUGUGCCUGCUCCAACAAGCGGCACCUUAUGUUGCGGGUAAAUAUGACGUAUGGGCGCUCUCGUGCGCAUUGGGCCUGCCAAGUGGUUACAUCAUAGUUGGAGUGCCUCAGAUCCUCUCCACAGAAAUAGGCCCCAAAAAUUUUCCAAUCGCUUACGGAUUCAUGACCACUGCAACAGCUAUUGGGAGCUUUCUGAGACCACUGCUAAUUGGGUUCUUCCGGGACAACUACGGCAGCUACAAUGGUUUGUUCCGCCUCAUUGGUGGCAUGCUUGGUUUAUCCUUCGUGUUCAAUCUUGGCCUUUGGAUCACCGAUCGUUCCAAGCAGCGAGAACUGGCCGAUGACAACGCAGGCUCACCCGUGAUGGGCGCAAGGCCGAUAACAACUACUGAAGAGAAAAACACUCACUUGUGA